UUACUAAUACUUUCUUGAAAAAGUGUUUGCAUCCUGGAGACAAGAUUUUCUACCUAGGAAGUAAAAAUGGUUUUGAAAUUUAUUAAGGAAUCAAUUUUACUCUUCAUGACUAUGCUUGGCAUUCUGGGGAACAUGUCUGUUUCUGUGAAUUAUAUGUUCAGUUGGUGGGGAAGCCCUGAGAAAAAAAACAUACACCUUAUUUUUAUCCACUUGGCUUUUACAAACAUUAUACUUCUGCUUGCAAAAGGAUUGCGAAAAACAAUAGCAGUUUUUGGUUUGAGAAACUUCCUAGGUGACAUAGGCUGUAAGAUCAUUGUUUACCUGGAGAGAGUGGCCCGUGGCCUCUCCAUCUGCACCAGCAGUCUCCUCACUGUGGUCCAGGCCAUCACCAUCAGUCCCAGAACAUCUGGGUGGAGCAGACUUAGGCCAAAGUCUGCAUGGCACAUCCUUCCAUUCUUCCUAUUCUUUUGGAUACUCAAUGCUUUGAUAAGUAUGGACAUAAUCAAUUCCAUCACAAGUACAGGACUGAAUAUGUCACAGCUUAAGAAUGGUUACAACUAUUGUUACUUUGUGCUAGACAGUCAGAAAAGUAAAAGGAUUGUUCUCCCAUUCAUGGUUCUGAGAGAUGCAGUGUUCCAGGGUGCCAUGGGAGGGGCCAGUGGCUACAUGGUGUUUCUUCUCCACAAGCACCACCAGCAUGUCCUCUACCUUCAGAACUCCAAGCUUCUCUACAGAACUCCCCCUGAGCUGAGAGCUGCCCAGAGUGUCCUCCUUCUGAUGCUCUGUUUUGCUUUCUUCUACUGGACAGAUUGUGCCUUUUCUCUGUGUUUAAGUCUAUUGUUCAGAAACAGUUUUUUGAUGAUAAAUAUUCAAGAAUUUCUGACCCUUGGUUAUGCAACUUUUAGCCCCUUUGUGCUGAUUCACAGGGAUGGAUUUAUACUUGAAUGUUGGCAUGCUCAGUGA